CCACAAAACAGAUAAAGAACACAAUUUCCUUCCAAUGUUUCCAUCUUCUGAUCAUAAGUUCUAACCAUUUCGCUGCCAGCAUGUGCUGCCCAACCCAUUAUCAAUCCCACUCAAACUCGUUCACUGUCACAGCUUUCUUCGUACGCUUUCGGACUUCAACUUGGGAAUCCAAGCUAAGUCCCUUACCUGAUUCCCUCGCUCUAAUCCUCUCUCUUCCUCCUUAUUCGCUUUCUCUCACCCGGAUUCGCCAAGCCAAAACCCAAGGGCAUGUAAUUUUCGGGAGCAAGCAAAGGGUGCGGGCUACAACCCAAGCAAUGAAUUUCCAACUCCACGCUGGGGAAACCAAACUGUUGAAGGGAGUAAUCAGAAAACACGAUCGGAAUAAUUGGAGAUUGGAGUGUUGUAAGUGGGAGCUUCCCAUUUCCUUGUCAAUUUCGGAGGUGGAGCUAUUGGUUGCCUUGGAUGGAGUGGAGCCAGUAAGAGAAAGGGUUGUCGUCAAGAGAAAUAACAAGUUGGAGGACAUUCCGGAGGAAACAGAGCUUCCUAGUGAUAACAGUGCUGAUGCGAAUGCGGAAGUUGAAGAAGCGCGCACCAACUUGGAAAUGGAUUUGGAAGUACUGAAGUGGGCGAUGGAUGUGGGAAUUUGGGUCCUCUGCCUCGGUUUUGGUUACAUGCUUUCCAGAGCUUCCAAACCUAACAUUCGCCCUCCACGACGCAUUUUUGACUUGUAUCAUCUUCUUUCUUGAAACAUUUUGACAUUAACGUAGAUAAACAAGGUAAUUGUGAUUAUAACGUGAGUUUAGAUAAAAAUUAUGUAUUUAUUCUGAAUUAUGAUUAUAAACAUAUAGUUUCGUAUAUUUGAUAAACGGAUUUAUUUUAUAUAUUUUUUCUCAACACGAUAUUUAGAGCUUAAGCGAAGAGUCGACAAAUCUAAGUUAUGCAUUCUUAAUCUGUUGGCAAUUUUUUUUUUUCAAUUAAGUAGGUCACAACAAUAAGAAUAUUAAAGGUAAAAAAUAAAAUAAAAUCUCUAUAUAGUAUUAUAAUAUAAUAAUACGGUAAUUUCUUAAAUAGAAAAAAUAAUGCAAACACUUAAUCAGUUAAGGGAAUAUAGAGAGAAAAAAAUAGUAACAGAAAUAUCUUUUAAAGUUCUAUAGAAAGAAGAGACCAGUUUUACCAAAUUUUUUAUUUAUCUUUAUUAUAUAUUAAUUUUAUUUAUUAUAAGAAUUCUUUCAAUGAUUCAUUGAUUUUUUUUUUAUGCAUACGCUUUUACGUAUGAUGUCAUUUUCUUCACCAUUUUCUCUUUUUUUAACUAACUCAUCAUUCUUAUUCGUUUUUUUGUAUAAUAAUUUUUUCUCUCCCAUAAAAAAUAACCUUAUCUUUAAAAUUGAAGUUUAGGUAAUCUCAAGUUAAUAAAAAUAUUUGUAUACUCGUGGUCUUGGUUGAAUCUAGUCCACCCCAUUGUAUAUGUUAAUCUUCGCACAUGAUAAUGCUGGAAUUCAGAACCUUGUUUAGUUGAACUACAGGAUCGAACUCAUUUAUAAGUAGAAGAAGUGGUAGAUAAGCUUCCUUAUGAUCACUUUUACAUUUCUUCAGCAAGAACACAUGGAAGAGAGAGCGAAUUUUAGUUGAAGUAGACAAUUGUAACUUGUAGGCCAUUGAACCAAUGCAUUGAAUUAUGGUAAAAAGACUAAAGUAUUUAAGUUCUAGCUUUUGAUUUCUUCUAAGUAUCACCGAAUGUUGUGUGUAAGAUUGUAGUUUCACUAUCACCAAGUCACCUACAACAAACUCCAAUGGAAUGUGUUUUAUAUAAGAUGUUGAGCUUUAAGUAAAUGAGUUUUUAACUGACUGAGGGUCAUGUCUCUCUUGUAGCAUCACCCAUAAGGAAGGAGAGUUCGUAUAAUCUAGUUGAUACUUAGUGAUUGUUGGUGGUUCUCUUUCAUAAGCUGCUAUGAAAGGAGUCAUUCCUAUGUUGGAUUGAAAAUGAGCUGUUAUACCAUAAUUCGGCCCAUGGAAGCAGUUUACUCCAUUCCUUCAGGUUAUCCAUGUAAUGCCUUGAGUUUUGUAAUUCUUUUAUGAUAAUUAUACAUAUGUGUAUAUUGUGAUUUUGAUGUGUAUUUUGAUUUAUGCUAGUGAUAUAGAUGUGUAUAUUGAUAUGUUGUGGUUCAAAUGUGAAUAUUUGCCAGUAAAUGGACUGAACAUGCUUGAGAUUAUAGGCUAAUGUGUGCUGCAGGAACAUUCUCGUUGUAGCAAGAAGGUAAUGGGCAAGUAGUCGUGUUUCUGUUGCGUUCUCAUAUUCUAUAAAACAAAGUUAUUCAUUUGGUUGAUUCAGAUGAGAUUCUAGCUAUGGGAUUCCUUUAUGAGGAAAUGGAGCGAGCUAAAUAUGAAGAUAGCAAAGGCCUUCAAUGAGAGUAAAAGAAGAAAGGAUGGUAGAAAAUGAUGAAGAAAUGACUAAAAUUGAUGCUUAACUUGAAGAUUUCAAGGCAAAAAAGAAGUUUUUUGGUGGCAAGGCAGCCCUAAAUGCACUUAAAACUAAUAUCAAAACUCCAGCACAAUGGUGAGAAUCUUAUAGAGAUGGACAUCUAGAGCUUCAAAGAUUUGCUAUUCGUAUAUUGAGCUUGACAUGUAGCUCCUCUAGAUGUGAGCGUAAUUGGAGUGCUUUUGAGAUGGUAAAAUUUUAAAACUAUGAGAAAUUGCAUUCUUUUUCUUUACCUAUUUAGCAAAUAAUCAAUUGCAUUUAUAUAUUUUUUAGGUCCACACAAAGAGACGAAAUCGUUUCAAACAAAAAAAUAUGAAUGAUGUUGUUUAUGUGAUGGCUAACUCAAAAUUAGCCAAGAAAAAGACAUCUAGAAAAGCUAUGGACUUUAAUCUUGACGAUCUUUUAUCUGAUGAUGAAUGGAUUAUGGGUAAUGAAAGUUCAUCCAAUGCUGAUGAUUUAGAAGUUGAUGACUUAUUGGACUUGGAUUUGAAUCCAAAUGAACACUUGGGUCAAGUUGGAAAUGAUUCCAAUGAUGCUAAUGAUGAUCCUGUAAAUUUAGAUGAUUGAGAGAUUCUUACUUUUGAUGAUGACCUUGAUAGAGUUGGAGAUGAAGAAAAUGAAGAUCAAAUAGAAGAUGAUUAUUAUGAUCAAAACUUGAAUGAUUUGUUAGAAUAAGGAAUACCAAUCUUGGACACUUUGACUAGUUUGUUUUUACUUUAGUACUUUUUUGAGUUUUAUGUGUAAUUGACUUGAGAACAUAUUUAUUGUCAUUAAUGUUUGAGUUGUGAUUGUCUUUUAUGAAC